CUUUCUCUAAUGUUUUCUUAAACAUCUGUAACGUCAAACCAACUUUUUUUUUUUUUUUUGCUUACUCUCAAAGAAAUUUCUUCAAUCUCUCGAUUUUCAUGGCAAGAAAUCAUCAGUCUCGUGAGGAUUUUGAAGAAAUGGGGUUUCGUUCUCGUUCUCGUUCUCAUCUGUUCCUCAACGAGUUCGAAACGUCUGUCGGAGGAUUCUACUCUCUCCGCCGUAACCACCGUGACCAUCCGUACGUUUCCGACGCUGUGGACACACUCUCUGAUCAGUUCUCUUCCAUGUCUCUUCUCCGUCCUAAACCCAGACCGAUUCCUGCUUUAUCUUCGAGUCUUCAGUCUUCUUUAAGGCUUAAUGGUGUUAAAGCUGAUCAGAGAUUGUACCGAGAAAGGCUCAAGCUUGAACCGUUUUAUGAACUUCAUCUUUCAAGGAUCCGCAAAAACGAGUCACAACAAGACAGAGCUAAGGUUUUACAGAGACAAGAGGCACGGCUAAACAAGAGAGGUUUGGCUCAUCGAAACGGUAACGUUUUGAAGGAAUCUGUAGGAACCGGCGUUUUCCACCCUCUUCAGCGUCCAACUUUCAAGACUUGUGACUCUGUGAAGAAACAUAAUCAAAGGAAUCGGAAUCAAAGUGAGAAGGAGUUGUUGACAAAAGAAAAAAGAGGAGUAAUGACUACUACAACGCAGGAGCAGCAACAGAAGGAAGAGUGUCACUAUCAUUUGCCUUCAGACAUGGAUUUCUCCAAGGACUGGACUUUCUGAUGGAACAAGUUCAAGUAGUUACUUAAUUAUUAGAUCUUUUGGGUAUUAAGUAGUAUUAACUAGGAGGUAAAUAAUAAUUAGGGACAAAGUUUGAAGAUGAACAAGUGGAUGAAGUGUUAUUUCAAGGUCUAGAUACCUUUUUUAGUAUGAACUAGUUUUUGGGUCAAACAGUUUGUGUCUCUUAUCUCAAUUUCAGAAUUGUACUUAACGGCGAAAAGGAGACAACUUUGACAA